ACCAUUUAUACCAAGCUAGGUAAAACCAGCAAAGGGUUUCCCCAAAAAUCUCAAACCCUAGAAAGCCACCAGUUUUUUUUUUUCUCCUUUCAAUCUCUGGAGGGUAACCGGAGCCCAUUCUCUGAAAAAUGAAGACAGUCUCCGGUAAGGUACUCUCAUCGAAGCCAAUCUCUCUUAAGAAGGCAACCUCGAUUCUCUCCACCUUCGCAUCCGCCGACAACGGCGCGUCUCCGGCAAUCUGCGCCUACCUCCGACGCGCCCUGGCCUCGUUUAAGGAGCUGAGACAUCACGAGAAGGAGGUCGGAACUCGACGUUCCGAGCGGAAGCACGAGAGGCCCAAACAGGAGGUCGUUAGCGAGGUGGAGGCAGUACCAGUGAACCCGACUCGGAGUGCCGAGGUGAGUAAGGCACCCAGUCAAAAGCAAAAAAGACAUCGACUGGAUAGUAAUAUUAGCGGAAGUCCCGUUGGCAAGGAUGAUAAACCGACCCAGAGUGUUGUUUCCGGUCCGGAAACGAGUCAUGGGGUUGGAGACAACGUGGGAGAGAAGGGAAAGAGAGAGAAACGGGGGAAGAAUAAGCAGAAGGGCGAGUUUGGUGAAUUCAGGGAUAAUGGAGGUACUGGGAGUAAUUUGAAAAUCGAGGCGGAAGAUGAUCGGGGUCAAGAGACGGGUGAAGGAGAUGAUGGCGUAGUGGGGACGGAGAACCAGAGAAAGAGGGACGGAAAGAAGAAGAAAAAAGAUGGGGAUUAUGUUGAAAAUGUUGAAAAUGAUGGGAUCGAAGAGGCAAAAGGGAAGUUCAGGAAGAAGAAAAUGAUUAAAGAGAUUAAAGAAGAAAUUAAAGAGAUCGGUUUAGAUGAUUCGGAGACGGCGGAGCAGCAGAGUAAUAAAAAGAAGAAGAAGAUUAAAAUUGACGGCGAUAAGUUUGAUAACAAUGGGGUUGGCGCUGAGGACAAAUAUGAUGGAAGUAAAAUGAGAAUUGAAGAGGUAAAGAAGGAGAGCAAGAAGAGGAAGAUUGAGGUUGAAGAGAAAAAGGUGGUGGAUGAUUCAGAGGAGCAGUGGAGUAAGAAGAAGAAGAGGAGGAAAACUGAUUGAAAUAGUUGACUUUAGGCAGUUUAGCUAUAUUGCUGUUGGUGUUGCGUUUGGGAUCUGAUGAAGAUUUUGUUUUUUCUCUUGGUCGAAUUGAGGGUAUUUUUUUUGUAACGCGUAAUUUUUUGAUGCAAUGGUGAGGGAAUGCCGUUUUUUGGUAGCUAUUGAUUGAAAUGCCGUUUUUUUGGUAGCUAUUGAUUGAAAUGUUGUGGUUAGUGUUGUACCUGUUAAAGCAUAAAAAGAUGUUUAUGUCGAGUGUGCAAUUAGAUGGUUGAUGAAAGAAGUGAUCAUUGAAAACAAAGGCAGCAUAUGAGUAUGUUUUUUUUUUUUUUUUUUUCUGUUAGAAAAUUGCGCUUCACUCCUUUGCUAAUGCUUCUGCCUGUGUCUAUAUUAAUUUAAUUACCCUAGUGAACUUAGGAAGACACCUUCCCUACAUACUCUGUAGUGGCAGUGAUUCUUCACUUGGUUUAUUGAACUAUAAGUUUCAUUGGAUGCUGAUGUAACGGGGACUAUGGAAAGAUUUUCAGGUGCAUUUCUUAUGUUUAUGACAGUUUUAGUUAUGGUUUGGGCACCUUGGUGACUGUUUGGAACUCAUAUAUUGCUUUUAGGAUGCUGAUGAAAGUGAUGGCUACUGCAUGUAAUUGCUUGACUUGUCUUUUUAUUAUAGAGAACGUUCCCAGUUUGGAUAAUUGUGUAGUUGGGAUAUUUUGGUUGUUUCUAAUUUGCAGCUUCUGCCUCUAUCCAGUCUUUCUCAUUCUUAGUGCAUAUUCAUUCUAACUGACCGUUGUGAUGUUUUUGUGCUUGGAUAUACCGAUCACGAUGUUUGUUGCAAAACUUUCCAACCACACAUUGUGCACAUCGCAAAACUUUCCAACCACACAUUGUGCUUAAUACACAACAUUAUGCAAAACUACAAGGCUAUGAUGUAGAGAUGAUAUCCAAUGCUCUGCAACAUGGUGCAAAACUAGUUUGCUGCUGAAUUUGUCAACUCUGUGACUCUUGGUUCAUAAAAACUGAGUGAAAAGGAAAAUAUUACAGAGUCAAGUCUCUUUGUUUUGAGUGAGAAGGAAAAUGGUUACAGAAUUAUAUAUGGCGCUUUAAUUAAUCGUUUUUCCUUAUAUCAUAGAUAUAUUUUACAUUUCCUUGGAAUCUUCUCUGCCUUGUUAAAUGAAGUGAUUUCAUUCAAAAAAUUCUAAUGAAGAUAUAUGAGCACUGUUGAUCCUCUUUGAAUCAAACCCACUGUACAUAUAGGAAGAUUGUGUGCUUGAAUCUGUGCAGUUUUAUUCCAAGGCAGAACACAUAUGAGCAAACUUAACUUUAAAUGGGCAUAUUUUACAUCUUAAUUGCGAAGUGUAGUGACUCAUCCUUGCCUGCAUGCAUUCCAUGCCUAAACAAAAGAAGAGAGAAAGGAAAAAGUACACGAGUUAUCAAAUGAUGUACAAUCUGGAGUUAAAGCAUAAGCAAAAAGAAAUAGAGCCCUUUUCAUUGCUUGUCCAUCAAUCAUUAAAGCAUCAUUACUUGGCAAAUGAUAUGCAGGACGGAGAGGACUACAUUGACAAACUCUCAUUUUUAUCUGAAAGCAAAUAUAAUAACAGUAUUCUGUAUAUGAAAAUAUUUAGGUUGUGGUGCUUCUUUUUUCCAGUCUUUUGUCUCAGUUGUCUUGCUUAAUUCUCAGUGAAUGAGUAAGAUUGGCUAGAGAGAGUUGGAACUGAGUUACUUAGAGGAUGAUCAGGAACUGAAGCGAAGGCAGCCAGGUUACUGGUUUUGUUAGCCUGAGGCCUCUUUGGGAAGCAUAGUGAGGGUUGAUGAGUCCAUUUGCUUUGAUCAGUUUCUCUCGGCAGUAAUGGAACCAGAAGGAAUUGCAGAGAACUUUAUGGAUUCAGGACUUCUCUAUUAUGAGCAUACAAAAAGGCCCCUGAGCUUGGUGCAAGCAUGUGCAAACUGCAAAGAGGCUAGUGAUGCCAUAACUUGAUUGGUGGAAGGAACAUGAGUAAAAUGUUAGCACUUAAACAUGCUGAUCACCUAUGUCAUUUGCAUUUGUGGGAUCGUCGUUUUUGGUCAUCUUGAUAAGACUUGCUUGCUUAAUGACCAGCUGACUGUUGAAGUUGUACAUGAUUCCAUGGCUGUAGUGAUGGGCACAUGCUACUUGGUACUGAUUCGCAUUGAAUUAUGGGGAAAACUGGGUAUUCGUUUUCAGAAUGAAAAAUUCAGUCCAUUUUA